GACGGAAAGCUCCGGCCGUCGUGCCCUUCGCCGCCGUCGAGAUCAGCCGCCCGCCGGCGACCAUGCGCGACCCUUCGGAUAUCCGUAGCCUCCCCAUCGACAUCGCCUUCGCCCGCCUGCAGGAGUGGCUCGUCGACCGCAAGCGGGUGCCGCACGACUGGAGGAAGCGCCUCGCCGCCCUCCGCGCCCGCAUCGCCGCCGCCUUCGCUUCCCUCCCGCGGGACCUCCACCCCGACCUCCUCACCCUCGAGCUCGAAGAGAUAGGGUAUCUCGAAGCGAAGAAGAUCUACAGCAUACUCCUGGAAUCCAACACAGAGAGCAGGAACAUCUUCGGCCGCCUCACAGGAUCCGCGGGCGAAUGGGAGUCGAUUGUCAAGGCGUACGAGAAGGACCACAUCUUCCUCGGCGAGGCAGCUCAGAUCAUGGUCCAGAAUGUCAACUAUGACAUACCGUAUCAGAGGAAGCAGAUGCAGAAGAACCAGCAGCAGCUCGCGGAGCUGGACCGCAGGGAGGCUGACAUCAAGCGGCUGGCCGCUCUUUCGGCAACUCGGUAUGUGGAGGCUUGCCAGGAGCUCGGCUUGCAGGGAGUAGAUGUGCGGCAAGAGCUGAUAGAGUCUGCGAAAACACUUCCAUCAACAUUUAGCAAAAUCUUGGAAGUUCUGACCAGCGAUCCUGUCUCGCAGGCCGUUGAGUACUAUACGGUUUUUGUCAAGGAAUGCCAUACAGAGGAUAAGGAAAAUUUCAAGGCCGUGGUACAGAAUCUGAAACAGCUGCGGGCUAAUCCUCCUUCCCUGCAUGUCUCAGUGUGCAAAGAGGUGCAGAAUUCCCUUGGAGACGCAUCAAAAGCUCAUGGGUCUAAUAUGGGCGGAGAAGAGCACAUUGACUUCAAUAUCCCUGCAGAUGAUAUUGAUUGGGACAUCUCGGUCGAUAACAAUGGUAUUGACUGGGACAUUGGUGAAGUGGAACAACCUACCGAAGAAUCUGGCAACGGUUUUGGAUCUUAUGAGAUCAUUGAUGCCAAUGUAGAAUUGGCAGGUUCGGAAAAUUAUGGCGUUGGUGUUUCAGCCUAUCCAUCUGCAGACAAAGAAGGCCUUGCAUGUGAUACAUCUGAUCAGAUUUGCUGGGACAUCUCUACUGACAAUCCUGAAGAAAAUGCUGCUAUUGAGAUUGCUCCAACUGAAUCAGGACAGAAUGAAGAAAGAAGCCAGUUGCUGGAGAAGGAAUACAGAAACAACAUUCUAGAUGAUUUACUUGAGGUAAAAUCAUUUUUGACCCUACGCUUAGGGGAGGCCAGGAAUGCUGAUACAUCAUCUCUACAGCAUCAGGUGCAAGCUGUCUCACCUUUUGUUCUCCAACAGUAUGCUGCUGAAAGUUUGGAGACUAUGCUUGUAGAGAUCUCCUCCGCAAUCUCUUUGCUCACUAACCAGAAAACUCUUGACCUUAUAAUGAUCCUCAACUCUAAAAGGUUUUUGGACAGAUUAGUGUCAACCUUAGAAGAAAAGAAGCAUCAUGAGGUGAAACUGCGAGAAGGCUUAGGUGAUCUAUCAGUUAAGCGCAUGGAGCUGCAAAAUGCACUAUCAUCAUCCUGGCCGAAGCAAGAGGCAGCGAUUACAAAAACAAGGGAACUAAAGAAGCUCUGUGAGGCAACACUUUCAUCUAUGUUCGAUGGCAGGCCAGUGCAUAUAAUUGGAGAGAUCAAUACCUUACUAAGUUCGAGUGUUAGUCAAUUAGCUGGAUGAUUUAUCGAUUGUAUCUUUCGUCCCUGAACCAAAAUAAAUGAUAUGUAAAGCAAGUUGAUAAUCUUAUGGUAUAAACUUUUCUAACCUAUGGUACUUGUACUUGUGUUGUUUUUGCUGCCACAUAUGUUCUUAAACUAUGAAUGUAUGACUUCGGUUGCAUA